AUGCAGCUGGUGCAGUUGGCCAACUUUGUGCUGGACAAUCUUGUGCAGUCGCGAAUUGGAUUCAUUGUUUUAUUUCACUGCUGGCAGAGUGAUGAAAGUCUUGAAUUUGCUCAGCAGUUCAUCAAGCCCAUACAUCCCAUUCUUGUCUAUCAUCAGUUUGUUCAAAUGAGAGAAGUGCCGAAUUGGCCACACUUAGAACUCAAUUACAUGGGCCACACACAGCCCACUCUAGCGAUCUACGUAGAUAUAAAGUGCGAACAGGCUCAGGAAUUGGUGGAGGAGGCUAGUCGGGAGCAGAUCUAUAAUCAGCAUUACCAUUGGCUCUUGGUUGGCAACCAGUCUGAAUUGGAGUUUUAUGAUUUGUUUGCAUUAUUUAACAUAUCCAUUGAUGCGGAUGUAAGUUUUGUGAAGGAGGAGUUCCAGGAUAACAACGACUCGGUUGUCUAUGCAGUCUAUGAUGUCUACAAUAAUGGCAAAAUUAUUGGGGGGCAGCUGAAUGUCACUGCAUCCCACGAAAUGUCUUGUGAUCCCUUCGAAUGUCGUAGGACUCGAUAUCUAAGUUCCUUGCUGAAGCGUUCUAAAUACGGAAAUAGAGAACAACUGACGGACGUUGUUCUGAGGGUGGCAACGGUGGUCACCCAACGUUCACUCACCUUGUCGGAUGAUGAACUUAUUCGUUUUUUGAGCCAGGAGAACGAUACCCACAUUGAUUCAUUAGCUAGAUUUGGGUUCCACCUGACGCUAAUCCUGAGGGAUCUUCUACACUGCAAAAUGAAGUUCAUCUUCUCGGACAGCUGGAGCAAAUCGGAUGUAGUAGGUGGUUCCGUGGGUGCUGUGGUGGAACAGACUGCGGAUCUUACGGCCACGCCCUCUUUGGCCACUGAAGGCAGGCUUAAGUAUUUGUCUGCCAUUAUUGAGACAGGUUUUUUCCGAUCCGUUUGCAUUUUCCGGACUCCCCACAAUGCGGGACUCCGGGGAGAUGUAUUCCUUCAGCCCUUCAGUCCGUUGGUUUGGUAUCUCUUUGGAGGAGUACUUUCGUUGAUUGGUGUCCUCCUGUGGAUCACCUUCUACACGGAGUGCAAGCGAAUGCAAGAACGAUGGCGAUUGGACUACCUGCCCUCUCUGCUGAGCACUUUCAUGAUCAGUUUUGGAGCAGCCUGCAUCCAAAGUUCUUCCUUGAUUCCUCGCUCCGCCGGAGGCAGACUUAUUUACUUCGCCCUGUUCCUGAUCAGCUUUAUUAUGUACAACUACUACACCUCCGUAGUCGUUUCUUCUCUACUAAGCUCGCCCGUGAAGUCUAAGAUCAAAACGAUGCAGGAGCUGGCGGAGAGUUCUCUCACCGUGGGCUUGGAACCACUUCCCUUCACCAAGAGCUACCUAAAUUACUCAAGACUUCCGGAAAUACACUUGUUCAUAAAACGCAAAAUCGAAACGCAGACCCAGAAUCCUGAGCUUUGGUUGCCCGCAGAGCAGGGUGUAUUGAGGGUCAGAGAUAAUCCUGGCUAUGUCUACGUGUUCGAAACCUCCUCCGGAUAUGCCUAUGUGGAGCGGUACUUUACGGCCCAACAGAUUUGCGAUCUAAACGAAGUUCUAUUUCGACCCGAGCAACUAUUCUACACGCACUUACAUCGCAACUCCACGUACAAGGAGCUCUUCAGACUUCGAUUCCUUAGAAUCCUGGAAACUGGUGUCUACCGGAAGCAGCGCAGCUACUGGGUGCACAUGAAGCUCCACUGCGUGGCUCAGAACUUCGUCAUCACUGUGGGAAUGGAGUACGUGGCUCCUCUGCUCCUUAUGCUGAUCUGCGCAGAUAUCCUGGUCGUGGUAAUCCUGCUGGUGGAACUGGCCUGGAAGCGCUUUUUCACGCGUCCCCUCACCUUUCACCCGUAG